AUGAGCUGGCAAGACAGCAACCCAACUUACAGAAUCUUGACGGCCGCCGAGAAGGGCGGCUAUGGAGUCCUAGCUGCAAUCGUAUACAACGUCGAGCACAUCACGGCUUUGGUCCAAGCCGCAGAGCAACGGCGGUCCCCAUUGACCAUUCAACUCUUCCCAUCAUCCCUUAAACAGAAGCCAUCAUUGGUCUUUGCGCUAGCCGCGGCCGCGAAGAGUGCGUCUGUGCCCAUCUCCGUUCAUCUUGAUCACGCCCAAGACUACGAGCAGAUCAAGUAUGUGGCCAGCAAUCUGCCCUUUGACUCCAUCAUGGUCGAUAUGAGUAAUUAUGAAAAGGAGGAAACCCUGGCAAAGACUCGUACCUUACGCAACUAUUGCCAUGUGCGAGGGAUCACCGUGGAGGCGGAAACCGGUCGCAUUGAGGGAGGUGAGGAUGGAAUCGUGGAGACUGGUGAUCUUGAGGGUAUCUUGACCAACCCAGAAGACGUGGAGGAUUUCAUUGCGGCCGGAGUCGACUUCCUCGCCCCCAGCGUGGGCAACAUUCAUGGAGACUAUGGGCCCAACGGGACUCAACUAGAUAUGGAUCGUCUCCAUGGUGUCUUCAAAGCCAUUAAGGGCCGUGUACGACUUGUGCUUCAUGGAACUAACGAUUUCGAUGCCUGUCUUACCCAGGAUUGUAUCAAGGCCGGAGUGACCAAGGUCAAUGUGAAUAAACUGGUCCUGGAUGGCUGGCAUGAUAAUUUGCGGGCCAAUGCCACGCGGCCCUUGACGGAGCUUAUGGAUACUGGCAUCGAAAUUCUGACGAAGGAGAUGGAACGAUGGAUGGAUAUCGUGGGUAGCAGUGGUAAGGCAUAA